AUGGCUCCGCUGGCCGAGGUGGGGGGCUUCCUGGGCGGCCUGGACGGCCUGGGACAGCCGGUGGGCGCCCACUUCCUGCUGCCGCCCGCCGGGGAGCGCCCGGCGCUGCUGGGGGACCGCCGCGCCCCGGCGGAGCGGGCGGCCCGCGCGGCGGCGGCGGACCUGGCGCACUUGCAGGGCAUCCUGCGGAGGCGGCAGCUGUACUGCCGCACCGGCUUCCACCUGCAGAUCCUGCCCGACGGCAGCGUGCGCGGUACCCGCCAGGACCACAGCCUGUUCGGUAUCCUUGAAUUUAUCAGUGUGGCAGUGGGACUGGUCAGUAUUAGAGGUGUGGACAGUGGCCUUUACCUUGGAAUGAAUGAGAAGGGAGAGCUCUAUGGCUCUGAGAAACUGACUUCUGAAUGCAUCUUCAGGGAGCAGUUUGAAGAAAACUGGUACAACACUUACUCGUCCAAUGUCUACAAACAUGGAGAUUCGGGGCGGCGAUACUUUGUAGCACUUAACAAAGAUGGUACUCCCAGAGAUGGGGCAAGGUCCAAAAGACACCAGAAAUUCACACAUUUCUUGCCUCGGCCUGUGGACCCUGAAAGAGUCCCAGAACUGUAUGGAGAUGUGUUAGGAUACAGCUGA